ACAAUGUUUAUAGUGGAGGAUCACCCACGAUCAUGCAAGCGCACCACCCAUCUCUGUACUUCGCGCGUUUGACAAAUUCCUGCUUACCGGAAGUUCAGACUCUUCCAUCAAAAUAUGGGAGGUGGUAGAACUAUCAUUCAGCGUAGUGAAUUAUGUUAAUUGUGACGGAUGAGGUGAAGGAGCUCCAAACCAUCUCGCUUCAAGGGUAUUAUCCUUUGUCCCUGGCACUCGCAUUUCUACCAUCUUCUGAAGGUGAGGGACUCAGUUUCGUCAUGAAUAGGCACCUUGCUUACUUUGGCGAAGCGAUAAUACUUGCGAUUGGCGGAACCGAUCGCAACGUGCACAUCUGGACACGCUCUGACGGACCAUUGGGUUUCACAUUCCAGCUAGGCUUCAAAUACUCAUUCAUUUUUUUAAGCCAGACAUGUACGAGUAGACUUACAGGCGCAUGUUUUGAUUCUUUUGAACAUUGCCGCACGCACGGACUUGUAUAGACUUGUAUCGACCCUUACAAGUCUGUCGCGAGUUUGUAGGGAAUGUACGGUGCUUCAAGUGACAGUUGUACUGGUUGCCAGAGGGUCUGCU